AUUUCCGGAAUGUCAUGUUUACAUGUCAUUCGGUGGAGACGGGAGAGAUGCCUUCGUGAAACAAACGAUGUUUCUAGAGCUUGGAUUUCAUAAGGGAUAUCGGAGAUCCAGUAAUUACAUCAGAUACUGAGAAACCAUGAAUAAGAAAAGUAGAUGCCAAAGGUCAUCUGAAGUGUCACAACAGAACAGGAGAGUCAAUGAAGGGAAGAAACCCCGUGGACGUAGACGGCAAACCCAGAAGAACAUCCACGUGACUGCAGGAACAUCUGCCCUCCAUCAUGAAGGACUAUCCACAGCGAUCUGCAGGCUUUGCCAUGGAAAGUUUUCCCCACGGAGUCUUCUGUAUGCCUUCAACAAAUGGCCUCAGGAUAGCAUUAAUGAUGAAGCAUAUGCUGCCACCCUGUCACCUCCUUUAUUCCACGUUGACUUCCAGCGAUUGGUUGGAGUGCAGUUGGACUCGGACCCUCGAUUGUCAGAAUAUGUUUGUAAGAAAUGCCACAGCAAGUUUUAUAAGUGCCACAAUAUUCUAGUCAGGUUUAUGCAAAGGGUCAAUCACCUGCCUGCAAAGGAACACAAUUCUAAAAUCAGGCACAAUCCAAUUUUCUCCGACUCCUUAAUAAAAGAUAUGUCUUCAACUUCACCACCCUUUUCUAAAGAUGCUGCGUGCCUUCACAACCUUGUGUCCUGGGCUCACCAUCACGGAGAGGCUUGCAAAUCUUGCCCAAAUCUAAAGGAGGUGCUUGAAGGGCAGUGCUGGGGCUCAGUCAAAGCAGUGUGGUGUUGUGUUGAAGGGCACAGCUACACUAUGAACAAACAGGGCACUGUCGGGUAUGGAUAUAUGCUCAACCCAGGAGAGAGUGGAAAUAGUGGCAGAGAGAUUUUCGAAGCGGUGCAGUGUGACGAAAGGGGCUCGGUGGAAGCGGCAACCUGUCAGGCUCAGCUGAUUCAGAGCCCAGAGAUGGCUGCCUGGACCUGCAAAACGAAAGAAGCAGAGGUGUCAAUUUCUCCCGCUCAAGACCAGCAGGAAGACAAGCAGACUGAUAGUGACAUAUCUGACAGAGCAACUGGGCCUAAUGAGCGACGACUAAUUCCAAGUACCUCACAAGUUCAUAAAGGAAAAAAGAAACCUGGACCUAAACCCGGCUGGAAGAACAAAUUCAAAUCUAAAGGGGAGGAGCUGCCCAACAUCUACAAGUGUCUUUAUCUGGGCUGCACAGCUGUCUAUAGUGCUCCUGGUGGUUUAAAGAAACAUGUAAAACAGCAUCAUGACGAGGUGAGAGAGCGACCCUGUCCCCAUCCUGGAUGCAACAAGGUCUUCACCAUCGACCGUUACUUGCAGCGACACGUAAAGCUGAUUCACACAGAAGAGAGGAACUACAUCUGCGAUCAGUGUGGACAAACUUUUAAACAGAGAAAACACCUAUCAGUGCAUCAGAUGAGACAUUCAGGUGUAAAGCCUUUACAGUGCGAGGUUUGUGGCUUCCAGUGCCGUCAGCGGGCGUCGUUGAAAUAUCACAUGACUAAACACAAGGCAGAGGCUGACCUGGAAUUUGCCUGCUUAUUAUGCAGCAAGCGUUUUGAGAAGGCACAUAAUCUCAAUGUCCACAUGUCCAUGGUCCACCCGCUGACUCAAACCCAGGUGCAUAAAGGAGGCAACCAGCAGAAGCCACACUCUGCCUUUUCCGACCUGCACAACAUCGUAGCGAGCGGCGAACCCGUGUCACAAGAGCAAGACAGGUGAAGACGACUGAAGAGAAUUUCUAUAUUUUUUCGUGGAUAACGAGUGGAAUUUUGACUUUUUGAGAUAAAGCAUGCCUUCCCGGGCUGAUAGCCAGUCUCACGUCUCUCCAGAUUCAACAUCUGGAGAAGACCCGCUGAAUCCGAUUCAAACCUCCAAUCCACAAAGCUACUAACAAAUGUCUUGCUCUGACUGGUUAGAGACACAGCUUGAGGGCUUUACGCCACAGACUACAGGGCUGUAACCGCCUAGGUUUGAGAUGUCACGACAGCAGUUUUUUGUGUGUUCCGCAGAAAUGAAAACGGCACUCUUGAGACAAAAACAUUUUUCUGAGCCUUUUGUAAAUGCUUUGCUGACAUGUAAUAUGUCAAAUGUUGUAAUGUGUCUCAAGUUGUGUACAACACUCUUGAAUAAUAAUCUUCAUUUUUUUUACACAUUGAAAGAAUCCACAUUCAGCAUGAACUAACCAAUAUUUUGCAGAAUCGUCAUAGUUACAGUGUACAUCAUAUUAUAGAACACUCUCCUUGGAAAGUACAAUUUUAAUCAAUGUCUCAAUUAAUACAAGAACAGUUUCUACAAUUUUCACAUAAUUGAGUUUUACAAACAAUGUAGCACUUGUUUUUGGCAGCCUUUUUAAUUUUCGUCUGUAUACUCUUGGAUGAAAAUACUUGUUAGAAGGGCUGUACCGAAAGCAAAAAUGUUGGGCCAAACCGAAUAUUGGAAACACUUGGCCGAAAAACUGAAAGGCAGAACAUAAACUUCAUAAUGUAUUGACGGGACAUGGGGCGCAGGGCUGAUAAAUAGGGGGCCUGCAUUGUUGGCGAGGCUGUCAAAACUGACUGAGUGGAAUCAGAGCUUUUUUCGUUGAAAAUUCUUGAGAAUAAAUGCUUAAAUCCCUGAAUUCCUCACAGAUGUGGACGUGAAAGUCUCCAGUCUUGGUUAAAAGCAAAAAAAGCAUGCAGUUAAAUUUAUUUUAUGUAAAUAUGUCGAAGUACAAUGCUAGUCUGUUAGUGAAUAUUGCUAGCGGCCGCCUGAUGUAAGCAGAGAUUUUCCGGUGAAAAUUCUUGUGAUUAAAUGCUUAAAUCCCCGAAUUCUUUGUAGAUAUGCACUUAAAACAGUCUCGAUUAUUAUUUAAAAGCAAAAAAUAAACAAAAACAUGCAGUUAGCAUUUAUUUUACGUAAAUAUGUCGAAGUACGAUGGUAGUCUGUUACUCAAUGAGGCGGUUGCCGUAUGUAAACAGAGCUUUUCCGUUGAAAAUUCUUGUGAAUGAAUCCUCAAAUCCCUGAAUUAUAGAUAUGGACGUAAAACCGUCUCGAUUCUUGGUUAACAGCAAAAACAAAAACCUUCAGUUCGCAUUUAUUUUACGUAACUAUGUCAAAGAAUGAUGCUAGUCUCUUAGCUCUUUGUUGUUAUAAGGGGGCUGCCACAAUGGCUUUUCCGUUGAAAAUUCUUGUGAAUAAAUGCUUAAAUCCCUGAAUUCUUUAUAGAUAUUGAAGUAAAACAGUCUUGAUUCUUGGUUAAAAGAAAAAAAGUGCAGUUACCAUUUAUUUUAUGUAAAUAUGUUAAAGUACGAUGCUAGUCUGUUAGUCAAUGUGGCGACCGCCAUAUGUAAACAGGGCUUUUCCGGUGAAAAUUCUUGUGAAUAAAUGCUUAAAUUCCUGUAUUCUUUAUAGAUAUGAACGUAAUUGAGUCGCCAUUCUUGUUUUAAAAAUGGGCAAUUUAUGUCGAAGAAUGAUGCUAGUCUGUAGCGGUUAAUUUCUCUCAUUUUUUCACAACUUUUCAAAAUGCAUGCAUGGUACGAAAUAUAUAAUAACUACUUCGAAUCCCCGAACACAUCACUCCUGAGACAAUCCUUCCUGUUUGUAUGCGGUACAGCUUUUGUACUUUUUCAAUCCUAAAUCAGUCGUUAGAUCACAGUAUGUGUUGACUCUGCGACUGACUGCGAAUAACUGAAUCGGACUGUAAGGCGGUCCAAACUUAAAGGCGUUGCGCAGUGAAGGUGGCUGACUCAUCAAUCAUUAUGAAGUCUACGGGCAGAAUAAUACACAUGUAUACAAUUCUUUUUUUUCCCUUUGCCAUUAAUGCCCUUUGUUUAUUUAUUUAUUUUUUUGUGAUCAGGCGGAAAUGAAAUAUGGGCCCUUCUUACAAGUACGCAAACAACUUCCAAAAUUUUCUACGACGCCUGAGGGUCAAGAAAUUUUGUUUGACAGGUGCAGAUCUAAGCCCCUUGUAAGUGUGUGUUCCCAGCAGCAGUGAGCAUUUUGUGACAAACUAAUUGUCUUUGGUGGGCUUCUCGGCCGAUGAAACCUUCAUAAAUGUGCUCUCUUGGCAGUUUGGGACACUUGAAAAUGAAUGUCACGCCUCCAAUUGCCAAGUUAAAUAAGAUCUCUGUAUGCUUGUGUGGAACUGUAGUUCACAACAACAACAAAUGCCCGUUCUCGCCGAAACUAGUAAAGCUCUUUACAAGGCUAUAAAAAUCUCUCGUACUCCUUAAAAUAAGAUUCGCUGUUUUCUUGUGCAACAAGUGGAAUCGAUUGAGAGCCUGGCGAGUGAGCCGAGUCCUAGUGGCGACGAAGCCGGGCGAAGUCGCUCCCGGCCGGAUUAACAUCCACUGGCUAAAAAAUGUGACAAAAAGAGGAAGUGGUCGUGCCAUAAAAUGAUUGUACUAAACCACAGCAAAUGCACAUGUAUGCAUUUAAAUACUAUUAUAUUUGUAUUCUGUUGGCUUUGUUACUAUAACUCCAAACUACUCACAGACAGGUUCAAAUACACUGUACUCGCUGUGACGCGGGAUGAGAAGCAACGUUGCUUCUUGCCGUUUUGAGUGCAUCAUCAGAAGAGGACUACGUUUCUUGACACUAUACAAUGGGAAACAUUUAGUUUUUUUGAACCAGAAAUGCAAUUUUAGCUAUUUUCGCCGUCAAAUUUUCAGUCACAUUUCUACUUAUUAGUCAUAGUCAUUUCAAAAUGUUUGUCUAGUUUUAGUGGAGAAAUCCUCAAAAUGUUUUCAUCUGUAAAAGUCAAACGUUUUAGGACAUUUCCAACAAUGUCGAAUGAACAUUGACAGACGAGCUCAUAAUGUAGGGUCUACAAAGACGACGCCAACUUAGUGAUGACUAGCAGUAUGGUUGUUUGGGUGAUAAAGUGAGAAUUGGCAUUCGCGAUGCUAAUAUUUUGAGUAUCGAAUUAAUUCUCUGCACUAAAUGGAUGCCUACAGAGAUCAAACUCAUCUACGAACACUCCCAGACACAUAAGCACAACUGUGUCAAAUUCGGUCCCCUCAUUUCGGCGUCCAUAAAACACGAACACACAGCCAUACAGACGACUCGCCUUUAUAGAGAAUAAGAAAAAGCUUGGCUGUCUCUGCCGUCCUCCUGCUAUCUGCUCUCGCACUGUUGCCCAGCUCUGAUUUAGUACCACAAAGUGGCCUGGAUCCGAUCUGAAAUUUUCCACUUCCGUGCGACUUGUCCCGUUCAAGAAAUUGUCUCACACGAGCCGGAUAAAAAUCGGAAUUGGGUCACUUCAUCCUGCGGUGUGAAUGUAGCCAUAGAGAUCUUUACCUCACACCAUUGUUAUCGCUAAAUGGGUCGCAAUGUCAGAUCUGAGAAAGUCAGACCUAUUUCAUUUUUCGGAGGUUGUACAAUUGUAAAAAUUUGAAAAAGAGGUAAAUAUUGUGUGUAUAUGUUUUGUUUCCCUGUGUGUAUUGUUUUCUCAAUGUGGACUGCCAAUCACUUCUGUGUCUGCUCGUGCCAGUGCAUAGAAAUGUUCGUUUUACUCCCAAAACGAUAAUAUACCUACCAAAUUUCAUUGUUAUCUGUCUGCAAAUAACAGAGGAAUAGAUUCAAAAUGAUAGUGUACACACCAACGUUAGCGUCACCUCAACGCUAAACAUUUUGGGCCCAUUUUUUUAGUUUACUAUUAUAGCCACUUUCCUCGUCCUUUGUGUCUUUUAGGCAGUUUGAAAAUCCUCUUCUUGUGUGAGGAGCAGUUGUGCUUUGCACAACCAAUGACCGCACAACUUCUGGGCACAUUUACUGUAUAGCGAAGGGAAAUAGUGAUGAUAGCGAUAAAAAAUUAUGUUAAGCUACUGCAAGCCUUACAAAAGCUACCGUAGUUUGUUUUCACCGGUGCAGACCUGGAUGAAGUCAUGUUCCCCGAUGUCCGUGCUCGCUCACGCAUACAUACCAAGUUUAGCUGGUAUUGCUUCUCCUUUCUAGAAUAUCAAGCGCAAUACCUGUCCUGAGGGUUUUACCUGUUUACUUUCAUGUCCUCUGUGCUUACAUUUUUUUUUUUUUUUUUUUUUAAAACCUGUCCUGUUCAGCUGUUUGACACAGAGAAUGGAAGUCUAAGUGCCCAGAUUCUGAACAGUUUUAAUGUUUCACAUUGAGAGUCUGACAUACUCCCAAUGUGAUCAUUCAAAAUACCUUUUUAUUAUGACAAAGCAGCGAACAGGAAGGGAUUAUGGGGGGACAGAAGAAAAGAAAUACAAGAGAAGAAGGAAAAGAAACACAUACACAAACAACAACUAGAAAUACAUUGAACAUCUAAACUAGUUACUAAUAUGCUGGUGCUAUCGUCAGCGAGAUGUAUUUCCGGUUUACACCAUGUGGGGGCCUAUUGGCCAGUGAAAGAGGAGAAUGGGGGUGGGGGUGUCUAUAAGCCUAUAAGCUAAGUGAUUGAAAGGGGUAGAGUGUACACAAAUCAGUUCUGUGAUCUAGAACCCAGUAAUCGUGUGAAUCUCUUAUGAGUAAGCCCGUUGGCGACCAACCCUACGCCGCCGCAUCGCCAAUCCCGGCACCGGGACCCCCGACCCGAGAAUGCCCUACCACAUCCAGCAGCACGCAGGCCCCACCGGGCGCGCGACAGCCACGCAGACAGGCGGAGAAGCCGCGCGGGCG